AAAUGGUGUGCAAAACCGCAGACACUAGCUAUCUAUAAAACGCGGUUGGAGCUCAGUCAGAGUCAAAGUCAGUAAAAAGACAUCGUCAUAAACAGUUGUGUAUUAUAUUCAAAUAUAAAAUUAAAUCAAACUCAAAAUGGUGUGCAAGGGUUGUGGAACUAACUGCCAGUGCUCGGCUACCAAGUGUGGAGACAACUGCGCCUGCAGUCAACAAUGCAAUUGCGCCUGCAAGAAUGGACCCAAGGACAAGUGCUGCUCCAAUAAGAAUUAAAUAACUAAAUCAUUGCCUUACCCUGCUAUUGCUUGUUCUGUAUAAUUAUGU